GGGCUGAUCAAAGAUGGUGGCGCCCAUGGGUGCCAAAAAGAGGCGUUCAUGUCGGCGAACGGAGCAGUGUGGGGACGCGUGCGAAGUCGCCUCCGCGCCUUCCCAGAGCGUCUGGCGGCCUGCGGGGCCGAGGCCGCGGCGUACGGCAGGUGCGUGCAGGCCUCCACGGCUCCAGGCGGCCGCCUGAACAAGGACCUCUGUGCUCAAGAGUUCGAGGCUCUGCGGAGCUGUUUCGUCGCCGCGGCCAAGAAGACCCUGAAGGGAGGCUGUUAGGAAGGACCCGAACCUUGGGCUUCACGCCGGUCUGCUGCUCCUGGGACAGAGCCCUUACACAAUGGCCUAGGCAGCACAACUCAAACACUCUGGGGCCGAAGGAAGUAGGAAUGAUGAAGUUCUGAAGUUCUUGGGUGUUAGAGCCUGUGUUUCUUCUCAAUGGGGUGAGCUGUGGGCUGAGCAAGAAUAUUUUCUAAAGCUGUGUCCAUAAGGAUCUGAGUUAGAAUAAAUCGUGAUGGAACCAACGAUAAAGAAA